AUGCCUUUCUUAUCAGAGGCAGCAAGUGCAUUCAAGACUAGGUUCGGGUUCCAUAAUCAUCCAUCGGAACAACUUUCGCUGACUCAGAACACUCCAGAUCUUUUCAAAUCGGCGGUUAAAGAUAAUCUCGGUCAAAACUCUGUAGUUCGUACUAUUACCGAUUGGGACGAUGAUUGCGCUGUUGGACAAAGUAGCUCUGCGGUUUCAUCGAUUCAAAAAAGCUUUGAAUUGUGCGAAGAUCCUUCUUUCUGGAAAGAUCAUAAUGUGCAGGUUAUAAUUAGAAUGCGUCCGCUUAGCAAUAACGAGAUAUCCGUUCAAGGUAACAACAAGUGUGUUAGACAAGAGAGUUGUCAGACCAUUUCUUGGACUGGACCUCCGGAGGCACGGUUUACUUUUGACCUGGUUGCGGAUGAGAACGUUAGCCAGGAGAAUCUCUUUAAAGUAGCUGGUGUACCAAUGGUAGAUAACUGCAUGGGAGGCUAUAACAGCUGCAUGUUUGCUUAUGGUCAAACGGGAAGUGGGAAGACGCACACUAUGCUUGGUGACAUUGAGGGGGGAACUAGAAGACACAGUGUCAACUGUGGGAUGACACCAAGAAUUUUUGAGCACUUGUUUUCAAGAAUUCAGAAGGAAAAAGAGGUGCGUAGAGAAGAGAAGUUAAAAUUCACAUGCAAAUGUUCUUUCUUGGAGAUAUACAAUGAACAGAUCCUUGAUCUGUUGGAUCCUUCAUCUAGCAAUCUGCAGAUAAGAGAAGACAGUAAGAAAGGUGUUUAUGUGGAAAAUCUCAAGGAAAUGGAAGUUACUAAUGCUAGAGAUGUUAUUCAAUUACUUGUUCAGGGUGCUGCAAACAGAAAGGUGGCUGCUACUAAUAUGAAUCGUGCUAGCAGCCGUUCUCAUAGUGUAUUUACUUGCAUCAUUGAGAGUCAAUGGGAUUCUCAAGGAGUUACUCACUUUCGAUUUGCUCGACUCAAUCUUGUUGAUUUGGCUGGUUCUGAGAGGCAGAAAAGUUCUGGUGCUGAGGGAGAACGCCUUAAGGAAGCUACUAAUAUCAACAAGUCUCUUUCAACUUUGGGGCUUGUGAUUAUGAACCUGGUUGGUAUAUCUAAUGGGAAGUCACACCAUGUUCCUUACCGUGACUCAAAGCUAACAUUUUUACUUCAGGAUUCUCUCGGAGGGAAUUCAAAAACUAUCAUAAUUGCAAAUAUAAGUCCCUCCAUUUGUUGUUCGCUUGAGACAUUAAGCACGCUGAAGUUCGCACAACGUGCUAAAUUUAUUAGGAACAAUGCCAUUGUAAAUGAGGAUGCAUCAGGAGAUGUCAUUGCAAUGAGACUUCAAAUUCAACAACUCAAGAAAGAAGUGUCCCGUUUGCGAUCUCUAGGUGGUGGAGGAGAAAUUCAGGAUAAUGGAACUUCAGUAAUUAGCUUUCCAGGUUCGCCGGUAUCAUCCUUCAAGUGGGAGAGCGCUCAAGGAUCAUUCAGUCCAUUAACUUCUGCUAAAAGGGUAUCUCAGAAUAAAGAUUAUGAAAUUGCCCUUGUUGGGGCCUUUAGAAGGGAAAAAGACAAAGAAAUAGCGCUGCAAGCACUGAGAGAAGAAAAUGAAGCGGCCAAGAAGCUGGUCAAACAAAGGGAAGAUGAGAUACAAUGUCUAAAGAUGAGGCUCAAAUUUCGAGAAGCUGAAAGAAGAAGGUUAGAAGCAGUUGCCUCUGGGAAGAUCUCAGCUGAGACACACUUGCUGCUUGAAAAAGAGGAACAUUUGAAGGAAAUCGAGGUCCUGCAGGCCAAGGUGGACCGAAGUCAAGAUGUAACUAGAUUUGCUUUGGAAAAUUUGCAGCUCACAGAAGAAAUAAAGAGGUUGAAGUCAUUUUAUGAGGAAGGUGAACGGGAAAUAAUGAAUGGACAAAUCAUGGUACUCCAAAACAAGUUGUUAGAAGCAUUGGAUUGGAAAUUAAUGCACGAACCCGAUAUGAAAACAAAUGCUGACUCAAUGAUGGAGGACUUAAAUAGAGAUUGUGAUCUUAUUUCAAAACAGGAGCCUAGUCCAAAGUCACGUUGGCAGUCUUCUCUUCGAGAGGAAAAUGAGUUUCUUCGUAUCCAGGCUAUACAAAACCAUGCAGAGAUGGACACAAUUCUGAAGAAGUUAGAGGUUUGCCUUGGAGAGAAAGAAAAAUUGGAAAGGCAAGUUGAUGAUUUGAAAGCAAAAUUUGAACAAGAGAAAUCUCAACUAAGUGAAACAACAACUGAAGGAAGGGAGCAAAUUGACCCCCCAUCAAUUAACAUCAAUGGCCAAAUGGAAUUGAAGACAAUGGUUGAUGCUAUUGCUGCUGCUAGUCAUAGAGAAGCAGAGGCUCAUGAGACAGCAAUUAUCUUGUCAAGGGAGAAUGAAGAGCUAAAGGUGAAGCUUAGAGCCAUGAUUGAGGACAAUAGUAAAUUAAUUGAGUUGUACGACAAGGCUGCUGCUGAAAAUAACAGAAACAUUACUAAAGAGGAAAAUUCUCAAGAAAUUGUAUCAAAGUUUGCCAAUGAUUACCUUCUUGAAAAAAGAGAAGAGGAGGCUGCUUUGAAAAGAGUGAUUGAGGAUCUCCAACAUCAGCUCACGGAAAUCAACAAAGAAAAAAGUGAAGAGGUGGCUGCUUUGAAAAGAGUGAUUGAGGAUCUCCAACAUCAGCUCACGGAAAUCAACAAAGAAAAAAGUGAAGAGGUGGCUGCUUUGAAAAGAGUGAUUGAGGAUCUCCAACAUCAGCUCAUGGAAACCAAUGAAGAAAAAAGUGAAGAGGUGUCUGCUUUGAAAAGAGUGAUUGAGGAUCUCCAACAUCAGCUUAUGGAAAUCAAUGAAGAAAAUGAAAAGUUGAUGAGUUUGUAUGAAAGAGCCAUGCAGGAGAGGGAUAAUCUUAAAAGAACUCUAGCAUGUUCUGGACAUGAAAGAGUUGAAACCCAAGGAGAAGAAUUGGAUUGUGUGGAAAAGCUUGUUGAGGUUGAUGAGGGGGAAAUAGACUCAAUAGUAGGGACCACUUCAGAGGAAGUGCAUGAUAGAGGUGAUGGUAGAUAUGAUGACAAUCCUGCUACAUCUGGGUCUGAUAUUUGCCUUGAGUCAGAUGGACAAGAAGAAGAAAAGCUUAUAGAGGAAGAGAAUGAGGGUGAUAUUCUGGUUAACACUGAAAAGGACACUGAGGUAUCAAAUCUCAAUGAGGCAAAAUUAUCAAUGAAUUUGAACUAUGCUAAAGAAGAGACAGAGUUAUCUGGAUCUGAUUUAUGCCUUGAGUCAGAUGGACAUGCAGAAGAAAUGCUUUUUAAGGAGGAGAAUGAGGUUGAUAUUCUGGUUAACACUGAAAAAAAGGUCACUGAGGUAUCAAAUUUCAAUGAGGCAAAGUUAUCAAUGGAAUUAAACUAUGCUAAAGAAAAGCUUGAAAGGGUUGAUGAACAAAUCUUAGAUGCUGUUAGAACGCUUGGCUACGCUGAAAAAGAUAUUGUCCAGGUUGAUGAGCUGUCAAGAGAAAUUCAAGUGAUAGAACAUGAUAUUCAGGUCAAACGUCAGCAGUUUAAAUCCUCAAAUCUUGAGCUUCAUGAAGCACAUAAUAGAAGAGCUCUAACUGAUAAAAAGCUAUCUGCACUCAAAUAUUCAUUAUCAAACUUUAUGAAGCACGAGUCAUUUUCUUAUUUUGAGCAUCGGGAAGCAAAGGCAAGAGCAACGUUGAAUGACUUGGCAUCUCAUCUUGACCGAAAGAAAGGGGAGUUGGUUGCUCUUCAAGCUACCAAACAGUUGCUGGAAAGUGAUAUAAAGAAGAACCAAGAAUCUGAAGCUGAAUUAACCAAGAAUAUUGCAUGCAUCAAAUCCAAAUUGGAGGAAGAGAAACAUAAGCGUGAAGAUGGAAAGGUUCUCUUUGCUAUUGAUAACACACAUAACAUAGAUUCCUCAGUGAAAAGUUGGCAAUUUAGCGGUAAAGCGUUUGAUUUACUCAAGUUAGAAGAAGAAAAAACUAAGCUGCAAGCAGAGAUGAAACUUUCUCAAGAAAAAUUCGGGGUUGUUAGAAAAGAACUGGGAAAUCUGAACAAGAAAGUAGCAAAUGUAGAAAGUCAGAUUCAAGCAGUUGGACUGGAAGUAAAGCAAGGUUUGAGAACCACAGAGGAAAAGGAACGUUCACUUAAACGCGUGACGAAUGAAAAAGAAAUGUUCGUGGAGUUUAGAGAUAAUGGAAUAUUGGAAAUGGAGCACUUGAUCAUUGAUCUCCAUCAGUACGUGUUUGAAUAUGAUCUAAAGGAGGCUGAAACAAAGAUUCUAGGUGAAGAAUUGCAAAUGAAUUUUCUAAGAGCCGAAGAGUUGCAGACAAACAUGAUCAUAGCUGCAAACAGCAAUUUCUUAUCUUCCAUGUCUUGCGUAGGCACAUUUGAGAAGGUAGAGGAGCAAAUGAAAAAUCUAAGGACAUCAAUUCAGGAGACAAAAUUAUUGUUGGAAGGCAUUUCCCGUGCCACCUAA